AUGAGCGGGUUGAUCAAAGGAUCUGAAAAUCAGCCAAUCGCUCAACAGACAAAAUUAGGGUGGAUUUUGUCUGGACCAGUACAGUCACCGCUUCAAUGCAGCGUCGUGAUCAAUAACAUUGAAGAUAUCUCUGCAUAUUGGGAGGUGGAAGAAAUAGCGAAUGCCUCUAUCACAAUGACUAGAGAAGAGCAGUUUUGCGAAGAAUUAUACGUCAAUACCACAAGGCGUCUACCAGAUGGAAGAUACGAAGUCCGUCUGCCCUUAAAGAAUAAUUUUGAAAAUGAGCUCGGCCAAUCUAAAGCCCGGGCAGUAGCACAAUUUAAACAGUUGGAAUCACGUCUAAUGAAAAAGCCACAUCUGCGUGACAGCUAUCAAAAAUUUAUGCACGAAUACGAAGAUUUAGGGCACAUGAUAGAAUGCAAGGAGCGCAAAGAGCCUAUGUGUUACUUGCCACAUCAUGGUGUAUAUCGAGAGGAGUCUACCACUACUAAACUUCGUGCAGUUUUUAAUGCUUCCUCGCCAACAUCUACGGGAAAAAGCCUCAAUGAUCUCAUGGAGUGUGGCCCAAAACUACAGAAAGACAUACAAGAUCUUUUACUUAGAUGGCGUAUUUACCAAUACGUAUACACUGCAGACUGUGAAAAAAUGUAUAGGUGUAUACUUCUACAAGAAGAUCAGCAACAUUUGCAAAAAAUCUUCUGGAGAGAUAAUCCACAAGACAGGCUGAAAGAAUAUCAAUUAUGUACAAUUACAUAUGGCAUGAAAGCUGCGCCGUUCUUAGCUAUGCGCACUAUGCAACAAUUAGCAAGUGAUGACAAAGAGAAAUACCCAUUGGCUGCUGAAGUGUUGCAACGCCAGUUUUAUGUCGACGAUUUGCUCGGAGGGAACCACUCUCUCUCGGAUGCAAAAGAAGUUCAACAACAAUUAAUAAAAAUGUUCCAAGGUGCGAAAAUAAACUUGAGAAAAUGGUCAAGUAACUGUGCAGAACUGUUGUCGGAACUAUCAGCUGAUCAAAUCAACCCGACAACAAUGGAUUUUAAAAAUGCAAACUCAACGAAGGCGCUCGGGUUACAAUGGAGCCCCGCCACUGACAUGUUUACUUUCCGUCCAAUUGACAAUAACAAAACAAAGACAACCAAGCGAACACUUUUAUCACAAAUCUCCAAAAUAUUUGACCCAUUGGGGUGGCUAUCUCCACUCUCAAUAAGAGCCAAAUUAUUAUUCCAAAAACUUUGGUUAGUGACAAUGGAGUGGGAUGAUGAAGUUCCAUGUGACAUUUUGAAAAAAUGGAACAAACUCAGUGAUGACUUGCAGAAUGUUGACAAAUUUCAAAUCCCAAGAUGGAUUGGUAAUAUUCACGCAUCAAUAGAGAUACACGGAUUCUGUGAUGCGUCCGAACAAGCUUACGCAGCAGUGAUUUACAUAAAAACCACAAAUGACAUGAACGAAUCAAUUGUUAGAAUAUUCUGCUCUAAAACAAAACUUGCACCACGAAAGAAUACUUUGACAUUACCACGAUUAGAACUGUGUGGCGCUCUCCUGUUAUCAAAACUAAUGCAGAAAGUUUUGAAAGCGUUUCCACACACUGACAUUCCAAUAUACGGAUGGACGGAUUCCUUAGUCGUACUGGGUUGGCUUCAAGGACAGCCGUCUCGUUGGAAGGCGUUUGUUGCUAACCGUACAAAAGAAAUCCUUGACAUUAUGCCAGUUUCGUGCUGGCGACAUGUGAGCUCAAAUGACAAUGCAGCUGAUUGCGCAACUCGAGGCCUUACCACUUCUCAGUUGACAGAACAUACGCUCUGGUGGGAAGGACCUGCGUGGAUCAAGAAACCAAUUUCCAAAAAUGACACUCAUACGAUUGACAUGCCUCAGAUUGAGAUGAAAAACGAGCCCCAAAUAUGCGCGACAAUGGUCGAAACUACUGACAUUAUUGAAGAAUUAUUACAUAAACAUCACUCGAUUAUGCAUAUAGUAAGAGUGAUUGCCCGAAUCUCACGUUUCAUAAACAUUGUGCGUCACCGCGUGUCGUCGCGAUUACAAUCGUCAAGACCGCAACAUGACACCGAGGGCAUUAGCCGCGAUGCACCUGACAAUACGAAUUACAUAACAGCGAGUGAAAUAAAUAAUGCAUUGAUAAUAGUAAUUCGUGUGAUACAAACUAAAGAGUUCCGAUCGGAUAUUUCGGAAUUAAAAAGAAAAGGUGUUGUCAUGGCGAAAAGUAAUUUACUACAAUUGCAACCCUUUUUUGGAUGA